AUGUUCACUCGGAAAGUUACGUCGGUGCAUAGUUCCAAGCAGCAGUUGUUGAAAGCCAGGCCUUACCAGGUUGAAAUAGCUAACUUAGCCUUCCAUGAGAGCAUCAUCGCUAAGUUGAACACUGGGCUUGGAAAAACAUUUAUCGCCGUUAUGGUCAUCAAGCACCAUUUGCCCGAAACUUAUCGCCCCCUCAACCAGGGGGGUAGACGAAUCAUUUUUAUCACAAAAACUGUCCACUUGGUUUACCAGCAGGCCUCUUUUUUGCGCCAGCAGCUGCCAGUGCAUCAUGAUGAAAUCGGAGUUUUUCACGGUCAAGUUGCUCCUGGAGUUUGGAUCGAUUCAUGGGGAACUGAUAUUUGGCAAGCACAACUAGAGAAGCACCGGGUGUUAGUAGCAACAGCUGGUGUGUUUCGUGAUGUUUUCAAUCACAGAAAAAUCAACAUGCGUAAUAUUUGUCUCGUAAUCUUCGAUGAGUGUCAUCAUGCUGAUCCCGAUUCCAAGUCCGACUUCGUCGAUAUCUGUCAACAUCUUCACGAUUUCCCGCCUGGCAAGUGGCUUCCUGAUUACUCUCGAGGACCAAAGGUACUCGGUUUAACGGCCUCGGUAGUGAACACAAUGAAGCGCGGCGAAAACCUUGAGGUAAAGGUGAGACGCUUAGAGGAGUUGAUGCGCGCACGCAUUGUAACUACCGUAGAUGAUUCAAUCAAGAGUGUGUCAGGCAAUCGAGAACGCCAAAUUGUAGCCUACAGUCGGGGCGGAUCUCAGGCAUAUCACGGGGAGCUCUACUGGCCUGUUGCGCAAGUUCUGCAGGAGGGUGUGAAGGAUAUUAGUCUGCUCACAUGCAAAGGAGACGAAGCUUACAUCGACUUGGAGGUUUUGCUGGACAAAAAUAAGCAGGUUCGCAAGGAGGCGUUUCUCAAUGUCAUGGAGCUGCAGGAUUUCAACCAGAAGAAGCUUGGACGCGUUCUCAAACUGUGCCUUAGGGUGAUGGAAGAGUUCGGCCCCUGGUGUGCCAAUCAUGCCUGCGAACAGAUUGAAAAGACGCUAUGGGACCUUCUUAAAUUGACAACCUUCCCUUAUCACUCAAGUAAUGACUAUAUGCGCUUAAUCAGAAAAUGUUUGGAUGUUCUCACGAAGGCUCGUAACCUCUACCAGCAACUUCGAGAGCAAAAAAUCGCUUCCCUGCCUCGACCGUCAAGUCAACCCACCGACCCGGCAUGGGGUGAUUGGAUUUUGGGACACUAUCCAAUGUCUUUGAAGACUAUCCAAAUCUUGCGCACACUUGUGCACUUAAAGAAACUGUACGAAAAUAAAGGUGGCCUCUCAGCCCUACUGUUGGUCCAAGAGAGGAUAGCGUCUCUGGCGCUUUCCCGACUUAUCUGUGGGGUUUCGGAAAUGGCCCCUCUCUAUGCUGGCCUCAAGGCUUCCUACUGCGUAAGCGCCAACCCUACGCGAAAUUUGGCCUCGAUGUCAACGGCAGAGCAGUUGAAUGUGUUGGAUGGUUUCCAGAAGGGCUUGUUCAACAUAUUGGUGGCCACAACUGUCGUGGAGGAGGGACUGGACGUUCGCUCAUGCAAUGCUGUCAUCAAGGCAGAUGCCUUGACCAAUUACCGAUCGUUCAUUCAGUCACAAGGGAGGGCUCGAGCGGCUGAAUCGAAGUUCAUCGUGCUAACCGAUGACAAACACAAGUGUCAGUCGGAUAUUUCUAAUUUCCUUAGCGUAGAAAUGGCCAUGGAAGAAUCCUUGGUGAGCCGUCGUGUUGAAGUUGAGAGUGAUGACGACGACAAUGCGCAAUAUUUGGAUGUCAAUGAAAUCAGAAAGCUUUCCUUUCUGCCUUUCGGGAUAGAUGGGCCGCGAAUUACACCAAGCAGUGCUCCAUCUGUUCUCAUGAGAUACAUCGCCUCGUUGAAGACGGAUACGUCAUAUCCUCUUAAAAUUUUGUACUCAUCCAAAAAACAUUUCGGUGGGUAUCAAACCGAGAUGCUGAUGCCACCUCCUUCGCCGCUUCAAGAGAUCAUUAAGGGUCCCGUGGCCUCAAACAGCUCCUUGGCAAAGCAGCUGGCAAGAAUUGAGGCCUGCAAGAAACUGUACGAUGCGGGCCUUUUGGACGAUGAUCUGCUGCCAUACAACUUCCGCAGGUUGAUAGAAGUAUCUAAGCGAAACGAAAUUACAGACCAAAGUGAUAGUAUGGCUGAAAUACUAUCUAAAAUGCACCGCAUUCGGAUACACCAGCCGACGUCUGGUGAAGGUGCCGUGGAAAGACAUGACAAUCCGCCGAACGUGAUGUCACAGGCCCUUCUGUUGUUGACUCCUAUUGAGGGUGAUAUUUUCACCAAUGAUGGUGUUCUGAGUGAUUCGAGUGUUUCAGAAUAUUCCUCCAUCGAGUACACAAACGACCACGAUCUGCCUCAUGGAAUCGUCUUAACUACCAGCACUGAUGAGGAGGAUGAGAAUGGGGUGGAGGAAGAGAAUGUCGACGACGUGGAUAUGCAAGAUAAUACGAAAACUUCCAGUGCAAUGUACACACCGAUGACUAAGCAGGCUUCGUGCCAGCAGCCGGUGUGGCCAUACUUUCAGUUGGCAAUGCCACAGACCCCAGAAACUGUGCCUUCGUCAGCUAGGGCUAAGACGUGUGCAGCAGGCCUCGCAGGUCAAUCAGUCCGCGAAGAAGUUUCCUCCCAACAAAAAAAAUCCGUAAAAUCGUCGCGAACAUCAAGUAAAGCGAGGUUUUAUGAAAUUCACCGUCUCCAUUCACUGUCGGCGCCUUACCAGAGGCCAAUUGCCGCCAACCAGCCUGUCUACGUAUACACCUGGCAGCUACCCUCACCCGCAGAAGUCGCCCACCUUACCAGAGUGGAUCCCGAGUGCUUCAAAUACGCUAAUCAGACCAUUGGCCUAGUCUUUUCUAAGCCCAUCUCAAAGCUCGACUUCGUGUGCCGUUUUCCGCUCUAUCUGCAAUCUGGAAUGGUGCGUAUUGAGCUGCGUAAGGCGUCCGUGGUCACAUUCACAGAGGAGCAGCUAUCACUGAUACAGCGAACCCACGAAAUUCUCUCACAGCUCUCUGUGGAUAUAUCCAGGCCUGAAAACUUUGACCUCCGUUUCGAAAAUGGUGGUCUUUCGUUCUACUCGGCACCAAAGUUAAUGGAGCCGUCAUCUGUGCCGAAAUCUAAUGCCGUUGCCAUUGACCCCUUCUCAGAAAUCGCGAUCGAUCCCGAGGAGGCACACAUUUGUGCAAUGUUCCUUAUCGUCAGGCUUCCAAGUGGUAGUUUUGACGAGGAGGCCUCGCGAGCUCUGGUUAGUUGGUCUGACGAAAAGGAUCACUACUUAGGGGGCGGCGUUAAAGUUCCGCCUCAAGCCGAAAUCCCCCGCCCCAUCAUCCAAUCUGGCAUCUGUUCCCGUUUCGGUCUUCAGCUGUCCGCCCUGCCACCAAAUGAUUGGCCUGGUGUACUCGUUCGUCCAAUUUGUCUACCUCAAUACGAUCCAGGUAGUUAUGCCGUGAACGGGGUGAACCCAAACGGUCUACGAGGCUUAAGUUUAAUCAACCAACAGAUGGCGAGUUGUCUGCCGGAGAACAUCCAAUCAGGUGCCUCAUUCCUCGCCUACUUCGAUUUUAAGUACCAUUCGGUGUUGGAAACAACCUGUCAAUGCAAGGGCUUUGAUCCAGAUGCCCCGCUUGCGUCUGUAACCAGGAUUUCAAGGCACUUAAACGCCUCCAAUGUAGCUGCUGGAUUCGCAGCCGUUGAAAAGGAAGUUUCUAAAGAAGAUGUCAUGCCAGAUCUGUGCGUUAUUCACCCACUGAACACGUGGCUGUGGCUAACACUCUGCCUCAUUCCCAACGUACUGCACCAAAUAUUUCGUUGUCUCUCAACUUGUGAGCUACGAAACCUGUUAUGUGAGCGGCUCUACUGUGAAUCUUCAUGCGCGAACCCGUCUGAACCCCAAUUUGGUCUUCCGGACGGGGGUUUUCUGAUGCCUGAUCGUGACUCCGUUUCCCUGUCAUCGAUCCCUGCAUUGCGUAAAUUCUUAAUCGAGGAACAGGAAGCCUCUUCGAGUGUGCCACAUCAUCCAGUGUCGGAGUUUAAUGCAAUGUCUUUGGUGCCGCCAGCUUCCUGCCUUUACGAGGCAGUCACGGCGGUGGGUGCGAAAGAGGCGGUGAAUUUAGAGCGCCUGGAACUACUUGGCGAUUCCUUACUGAAAUUCGCCUCCAGUCUCCGCGUCUAUGCCACCUCACCGCCGAACACUGACGAAGGUCAGCUCACAUUUGCUCGUUCCGCGUUCAUUUCCAACACCAAUCUUCAUCGGCUCUCCAUUGAUCUGGGUCUUCAUCACUACUUCAGAUCUUCUGAUUUUAAAUCAAAAACGGAUUACCUCCCUCCUUACUACUUCCUCUUUGACAAAACAAAAGCCAGUACAACUCACGACAGCCGCUUAUUCGAAAGAGUGUACGACAAAUCGAUUGCCGAUUCUAUUGAGGCUCUGCUAGGCGUCUUUCUACUUAACCUCGAGCCCUCCUGCUGUGCCCGCCUGCUUUAUUUCCUCAAAGUCUCGAAUCAAGAACUUCCUAUGGCGACUCAGGCCACUUCCCCGCUGGAAGUUGCCUCUAUUUCGGCAGAUUAUUGGCGCCGUCACCAGUCGUGGGUGCCAAUGCUUCUCAAGCCUGAGCAUCAUGCCAUCGAUCCUGAGCUCACUUCCAAGGAUGCUGUUGUGCUUGCCAGACGCAGUGCAGAAGUUGAACGGCUAAUUAUAGAUAGCCUUCCUCGCGAACAAACGUCCACAGGAAAGUCGUUGGACUCCACAAAACCGGUGUAUCCGAAUCAUGCUCAGGCCUUGGAAAAUAAGCAAAUGCAGCUCGAGAGCCUUGAGGAAAUUCUGGGUUACAAAUUUAGGAAAAUUGGGAUUCUGAUACAAGCUACAACACAUCCUUCAUCACUCCUGGCUUACCAUUGGGGCUGCUACCAAAGGUUGGAGUUUCUCGGUGAUGCUAUUCUAGAUUUUGUUGUCACUCAGCGCAUCUUUAAAGAUCACCCAGAUAUGAACCCAGGUCAACUAACAGACCUACGCGCUGCGUUAGUCUCAAACAUUAAUCUGGCAGUUGUGGCGGUUCGAUUUGGUAUUCACAAGUACCUUGAACAAACUGACCCCAGUCUAUGGAAGGUCAUUAGCAACUUUUCCGAAGUUCUGAACAAUGAUCCCUCCAAGCUAUGGCAAUUAGAGGACGAGUGCUACGAGAGGAAUGAGUCGCUGGGUUUCAAGGUUCUUGGCGAUAUGGUCGAGGCCAUAAUUGGAGCCAUUUACGUCGAUUCAGGUGGUGUCACCAACGUCGUUACUAUUGUAUAUGGCAAAGAUCUUCCAAUUGAUCCAGUCCGUACAAUGCAUGAGGCCUAUCCAGAUCUAAAGAUUUCGACUUGCGAGGACUUCGACUCGAAUGCUUCAGGUGCUGUUCCAACUCAAAUUUCUUCGUCAGGUGGAGUAGCGAAAGAGGAUGCGUCUGCUCACCGACGGCCGCUGGUCAGAGCUGUGGCUACCUACAAAAAUCGCAAGUUCGUUGGUGAAGGACGCAACCUCCGUGCUGCCAAACUCAGUAUUGCUAAGCAAUUGGGCAUUGGAUUCGAGUCUAUUGGCGCGGAUUCCUAA